AUGGCUUGCUUCGAGAUUGUGACGAAACAGGUUGUCGUGCUGGGUGACCGAAGCUGGAUGCCAACCCAAAAGAGUGUCGACGACCGGGUCUUCUGUGCUGUCUCGAAAUGGUCCCCGCAGCUUGUGAAAAUGAUCACAGGCAAACGACUGGACUUGCGGUCCGGCCAAGGGGAAUCAUCGGGGUCGCUGAACAUAAAGCUCUUUGACGAUUUGAUCGAGAAGAGGCAGGCUGCUUGCGACAAGCUGCUGGAAGAGGCCCUGAGGGACGAUGAAGCCGACGACGAGCCCAAGAAGAAGAAAAGCAAGAAGGAUAAGGUGAAGGCUUUGGCCAAGCACGUGCACCUGUUGCCGGCGAUCGUCGACAUUACGAUCGAUGGCUUUCAGCUGUCGAUCCUCAGCGAGGGCCUGUCUACCGGGAGCAUCUUCGUGGAGAUGCUCUCCGAAAAUUUCAAUUGGCUCAUGGAGCAGGCGAAUCAACAAAUGCCUGUCGAUCGGAAGAAAAGAAGGCACAGCUCCCGGGACAAGACCGAUGCCAGCGAGGAUUCCGACAAGGAGGCCAAGGUUCCAGCGGCGAAAGCCAAGGGCAAGGCCAAGGCAAAAGCUAAGAGCACGGCCCUGAAGAGCAUCCUGAAUGGCUCCCCGGCCAAGAACCCGGCCCCGAAGGGCAUCGUUGGCUCCCCGGCCAAGGCCGAUGUGGUGGAGCGGCUGCAGCUCCACAUGGACUUCUCGAAGUCCGGGAGGGGGAAAUACAAGAAUGAUGAAGGCACCACGAUUUCCUGGUCGGCCAAGAUGGGGUGGAAGAUCCUGUCUGUUGGUGACAUGUACUUCAAGCACCCAGACGUGCAGGCCAUGAACGUGCCUGCCAGCCCUGGCGGGUGGCUCUACUGGAACGACGAUGUGGGAGACUUUAAAGCUUCUGUGAUAUGCCUGGCAGGCCACGAGGAUUCGGACACCGUGGAGGUGGACGUCGAGGAUCCACCGGCCGAGCCCAGCAUGCCCGACAUGUCAUUGCAACUGCUUUUGCAUGAGCCGCCUCCGAAGAGGUACAUGGACCCCGUGCCAAAGACCAAGGCUUUGCCCGCGAACUGGGACGAAGGAGAUCUGAUGCCGGACUCGAAGGGCAAAGGGCACUACGUGUCGCUUUCAUCGACGAGCACGGCCAGGCUUGCCUUGGUCUUUGUGAUGGUGCUUCAGGUUUGCCUCUGCUUGCUGCUGGCCCCGUUGCAGGAGUGGGCGGCGGGCAUGGGGAGAAAGAGGGCCCGGACACGUGGUGGCCAAGGUGUCCGGGCCACAAAGGCCCAAGGGGCACUCGAGGAAUCGAGAAGCCACAUGGAGGACCCUUGCUGCUUGCCAAUCCACGAGAACAGCAAAGCUGAAGACACCGCGAGCCCCGACAUGCAGGACUUGCGGGCCUCCCUCCACACCAUGGGGGUCAUGGUGUUCGCAAGCAGGGCUACAGCAGCUCGCUUUGUGCAGAGCAUCUGUGCUAUAUCCGGCCGUGCCAUGGCAGCUGCUUUCCUUCGACAGCUGAACCAGCUCCUCCAGACCCAGCAGCCCAUCAUGGGAGAUCAAUGGACUUCUCUCUUGGCUGCUCAGAGCGAGGUCGCCAUCAGAACGAUUCGUCAAAGCCACAUCACAGUCGAGGAGGGUGCAGAGAUCUGCAGCUUGGUGCAGCAGGGCCUUUGGUCACACGAGCAGAAGCAGGCCCUGGGUGCAGCCGUCUCCCAGACCUUGGCAGGCAGCACUCCAGCAAAUGCCAAGGCCAAGAAGAAGAACCAGGAAAUUCUCAACUUCUGGGGUUUCUUGGGCGCCGAGGACCGGAGAGUUUUGUCCAGCGACGACACUCUCGUCAUGAGGCUGACUCACACUGCUCAGAUAAUGGCUCGACUGGAGAUGUUCUGGCCAUCAGAACAGUCUGUGGGACACAUCAUCAAGACCCUGCAGAGUUGCAACAAUACUGGCUUGCAGAGCCCCGACGAGUUCCAUUCGGCUGUCGUGUGCCUCAAGAAGAAGGUGAAGACCAUGCUCAAAGAUGCUUCCUGUGGCGAGUUCGUCGCCAAGUACACUCGGCCUGAGGAUCUUCCACCACACACCCGAGAUCGCUUCGCAGAUGCCUUGGGAGGUGAGCUGCCUGGAACAAUGGUGCUGGCCCGUGAUGCUCUUCGUGGCAGUAACAAAAGCCUCUCUUUCCACAAGAGCAACACUGCCAUGGUGCUGGGUGGUCCAGCAGCAGGCCCGGCAAUGCACAUGCCCCACACCAUGCAGGGUAUGAUGCAGUUCUGGGGCAGCAUGGCAGCUAACAUGUUCAACCAGCAGCAGCAAUUGGCGAAGAAGAACGAUGGAUUGCCUGGGUUGAAAAUCUUCGGCGACCCAGCUGCUGCCGCCUCGUCUGGGACGAUGGCCUCCUCGCCUGCUCAACAGCAGGCCUUGCAGCUUCCUGCAGUUACCAAUGAACCGGCACAGGGCAGCGGAACAAAGCAGGCCGAGCAACAGGGAGUGCUGGCCAGCAAGGAUCCUGUCAGUGCUGCACAACAUGCAGAUGAAAUGCUUCAAGCUUGGAAGGGCGAGAACAAAGGGUUCGACAGCACCGUCGAGGCCGAGGCCAAGGAAAACGAGGCGAAGCACAAGGCAAAUAAGAAGCCCAAGGCUGCAGCCAAGGCCAAGGGUAAAGCCAAGGCCAAGGCUAAGGCGAAGGCCAAGUGCACGGCCAUGAAGUCCCAGCCCAAAGCAAAGUCGCAGCCCAAGGCGAAGGCCAAGGCUGCUUGCAAGGCGAAGGCGAAGUCGCAGCCGAAGAAGGUCCAGAAGGCUUUGCAGAAGUUCACUCGAGAAGAGGUCCGAUGCAUGACUUUGUCGGCUCGCAUCAAGCUGCGACCCAAUGGGUGUGCCAAGUGUCUCAGUCAGGUCUUGCAGGAACUCAAAGAGCUGCCCGAGUUGCCAUCUGGGACGAGUCGCCGAACACUGAAGCGGGCCCGGGAUGAGAAGACUCGGAGCUACCAAACUGCUUAUGGCGAGAUCCUAUGCGACUUCAAGUGUGUUGCCGAAACUGGUGUGGAGUUUGAAUUUCCUGUCUUGAACCCAGCUGCAAUGCUUGCCUGGGCGACAGAGCGAUGUCGACCAUUUGGCGAGUUCCUGGAGAGGGCCAUGGAUGCCACACCCCCCAGCAUUCUUCAACCAUGGGGAUUGGUGUGGUAUUCCGACGAGCUGGCUCCGGGCAACCAACUCAAGCACUCCAACCGGAGAAAGGUCCAGGCUGUAUAUUGGAGCCUGCUCCCUUUGGGACAGCAUGCAAUGGGUUGCGAAAAUUGCUGGUUCACUCUCUGUGCCAUUCGCAGCUCUCUGGUCGCAGAUCUCGGCGGCAUGACUGUGCUCUUCAGGCAGCUAGCAGCCUUGUUCUUUGAGAGACCUGACUUCAGAAAAGGUCUUGUGUUGCAGUGCCCUGGACAAGCACGUAUGCUCUUUGCCGACUUGAAGAUCAUCAUAUCCGACGAAGCUGCAAUUAAGGCUACCCUUUUCAAUAAAGGAGCCAGUGGGCUCAUAUUCUGUGUUCAAUGCCAAAACGCCGUGGACCACAAAAGCAGCAUUGCUGAAAGGAGUCGGGGCAAUAUGGUGUCCGGCCUGGAAACCGACAUGAGUUGCUUUCGGAUGCACACACCCGAGUCUAUACGAGACACCAUGGACUUCUUGCGAAGGCAAGAGACGGUCCUCAACAAAGACAGAUUCCUGCAACUCCAAACAGCAAUGGGGUUCAAUUUCAAAGAGGGUGGAUUGCUGGCACAUGCAGCAUACGGGCCUCCGGUCAUCGAGUGUGUGAUGUUCGAUUACUUCCAUAUCUAUUUGGUCAAUGGCAUCUUCAAUGUUCUGACGGGGUUUUUUCUUGGAGAGCUUCACAACCAUGGCUGGAAGCACAAUGACAUUGAUCGCUUCGCAAAUGGUUUUACCUGGCCUUCUCGUUUGCGAGGUGCUGCUGCAAAGGAUAUCUUGCAGAAGCGAAAGCCAAGCGAAACCUUGAAGUGUGGAGCCAGCGAGGCUCUGAACUUUAUGCAGCUGCUGCGACUCUAUGUGCUAGUCUUUGUGCUGCCAAAUUGCAGCAGAGAUAUCCGGGACUCUUGCGAGGUUUGGUUGGCUUUGUGCAAGGUGAUUGAUGCUUUGCAAGCGAUCAAUGCCAAACCUUCAGCAUUUACCCCCCUGGAGUUGCAGCAGCUCAUCAAAAGGCAUCUCGAUCUGGCGAAAAGUCGGUAUGGAGAUGAGUGGUGGGUGCCAAAGUGUCACUUGGCAGGCCAUUUGGCGCUGCAACUGGCCAAGCAUCAGGUCCUCCUCAGCUGCUUUGUGCACGAAAGAAAACAUAAAAUCAUCAAAAAAAUUUCGAAUGAAAUUUUGGAUACAAGCAGAACCUUUGAGAGGAGCUUCCUACAAGAUGUACUCCAUGGUCACAUGGAAAGUCUGGCAGAGGGUGUAUACCUCCCAGGCCAAGGAGUUCGCUUGGUCGACCCUGUGAGACCAGCUCCUGCCAGAUUGCAAACAGAGAUACACAACACGAUCCGGGUCCAGGGUGAAGUCUUCACAGCCAGGCAGGCAGUGCAUGGAGGAAACUUCACCGUGGCUGUCGGCGACUUGGCCUUGAUGGAUCUGGAUGGGGUCACUGCCGUAGGCAAAGUGGCUUAUCAUGUAAUGUGCGAGAAAGUUGUAUGGUCGCACAUUACCUUCUGGACACAUGUCCAUGGCUGUAUGUAUGAAGUCUCCGACGAUUGUGGCCUCGUGCAAACCCGACUGAUCCGGGCCACAUGCCCUUACAGCAUUUCGGGCAAUGCUGCCAUUGUCGCAGUCCCGCAGGUGUAA